AUGAGUAGGAAUCGCGAAAACUCUGAGUUAGAUCUUGAUAUUGUUUACAAUCAAUGUUUGAUUAAUAUUGAAGAUAUGGUCAUUGCUAUGUCAGCUUAUGACAUUGCUAAGUUAACCGAAGAAGUGAUAAAAAGUGAUCCGAUACUGAAUAAAGAACAGAAAGAAGCAUAUGAAUCUAUAUUGAAUAGUGUCGUUUCUGAUUCUGGACGAUUGUUCUUCCUUGAUGCUCCUGGUGGAACGGGAAAAAAAUUCUUGAUUAAUUUGUUGCUUGCGAAAAUUAGAAGUGAAAAAAGUAUUGCUAUUGCUGUUGCUUCUUCAGGAAUUGCGGCUACUUUAAUUGACGGAGGCAAAACAGCUCACUCGACAUUUAAAUUACCUCUUGAAAUGAAUCAUUCUGGUAAUAUUCUAUGCAAUAUUUCUAAGCAGAGUGAUAUGGCUCACGUUAUCAGAGAAGCAAAACUGAUAGUAUGGCAUGAAUGCACUAUGGCUCACAAAAAUGCUAUUGAAGCUCUCAACAGAACUCUUAAGGAUAUAAGAAAUAGUGACCGAAUAAUGGGUGGAAUAACUGUUGUUUUAGCUGGUGACUUCAGACAAACUUUACCUGUUGUACCACGAGGUACACGUGCAGAUGAAGUCAAAGCCUGUCUCAAAUUCUCAGUUUUAUAG